CAUUUGUUCCAGCGACGGCUAGUCAGGACAUUUUAAAUUAGCAAACUGCGCUAAAGCGGCCGCAAAGUCGAGAACGCAUAGCAGUUAUCCCAUAACAUUUCUAUCAGCUCCAUAUUUUCCUCAUGAAUGUGCUGUUGCGAGCCUGAGAUGUUCCGGAGAACACACACAUGAGGACAGAUUUGAACCAGGUCAACUGCCCCUGUUUGUCACCUAUUAGCUGCCACUCCAGAGACUCCGCCCCUGGCCCCGCCCUCCAGAGAUGACUGAUGCCCAGAAGGCCAACGAGCUCCCUGAAUUCCCCACAGAGGGCGGGGCUACAGCAGAAGAGCAGGACAUGCCCCUGAGACAAGAAACCACGCCCAGCAGCUCCCCGGCAUGCGAGGAGCCAAUCAGCUUGCAGAGCGGUCCUGACAAACAGCCAGCACCUGGUCUGCUCUCUAUGCCGUGCUUACUAAAGGAGCUUCAUAGAGACUCCGCCCCCGGGCAGCCGCAGGAAACAGAUCCGCCCCCUGCCGCCACACAGGAAGACAGCGAUUCCUCCGCCUGCCUGCGCUCGCCUUCCUCCUCUGGUCACCUGGGAGACUCCGACACGCUUUCAUCAGCAGAGGAAGCAGCCGCACCCAUUCAGACGGCCGGCAGGAAGUCACGACGUUCGCAUUCUGAGAGCGAUGCGUCCACGGUUGCAAUGGCGGCCAAGAAGAACCGCUGCCAGGAGAAGCAUGUGAACGGACGCGUGCGAGUCAGAGGCCCGCGCAGCCAGCAGCAGAAGCAGCGCAUGAGACAGCUGCGGCAGAAACGUGAAGCGGCGGCGAGACGCAAACCUGACGUGCUCCAGGACAGCAGCACCAGCGACAGUGACAUCACGGCCCACUCAUCCUCAUCCUCGCCGCUAACAGCCUCGUCUGACAACGAGGGAGAGACAAUCAACUCUCACGCACCAGCUGGCCAUCGCCGAACCAACGCUUCUGGAGCAUCAGCGCAUGGGUGGGGCCAACUCAACAUGGGCGUGGCCAGUGGAACCCUGGGCGGAGUCUUGGAGGAAGCGCUUACGCGAUUCGCCGUGAUGCAGAGACACACCGAGGAGCGCUUUCGCGUGUGGAUGGACAGACUGACCCGCAUGCAUUCGGAUGAUGAUCUUUCGUCCAGUGAAAAUCCGGAGGGGCGGAGCAACGUUAGCUCAUUCCUGCCAUCGUCUGAGUCACAGGAAACGCUGGCAGCCUAUCAGAUGGCUCGAGUCAGCGUCAUCACGGUUCCACCGCCCCAGACUGCCGGUGUCAAUGGUAGCACAGAGCCGUCUGAACCCAACGUUUAAAGAACGUUAACGCAACACAAUUGUGCCGACUCAAUUCGACCGCUGAAGUGGAGGAUUCGGACAUUGCACAAACUUUCUCUUUAUCUCUAAUUAAAAUCACCUCCAUUCUGGCUUCCCCAUCUCUCUCUAUUAAAGGAUCAGUUUUCAUAACCAAUUAAACAUUUAUUCAUCCUCAUGCCUUUCGAAACCCAUUUGGCUUCUUGCAUCCAACACAAAAUGUGAAAUUGUGAAAUAUCGUGACAAUUAAUUGAAAGUGAACAAGAAACUGAGGCUGUCAAUCUCCAGACAGUGUAACUUUAGUAUCAUAUCAACUAUACUAUUAUCAUUCUAUUAUGAUACUAUUUUAGUUUUUAAUGCAUAUUUUGAAUCAGGUUAUUUUCAUGUUUCCAGUUUUUUUUUUUUAUUAUAUAUAAUAUUAAGUAAUAUACAUGAGUUUAAAUAUAUAAUUUUUUAAUACAUUAAUACAUUCAGUUAAACAAAAUUAAAAUGGGAAUGAUCUUACAUACAUGGAUAAUAUUAGCACAAUAAAAAAGCAAAAGUAAAAUGAGAAAUGUUGUCUUGGUAACUAGAUUAAAUGUUUUUUAAUAUUGUAAUUCAUUUAAUUUUUUUUACUUAAAAUAUAAUGGAUUUAGCUAUAAUAACUCUGGCUCUAAGAAUGUUUUUUAAAAAAAAUCAGUUUAAUUGAAUUACCCCUUCAAUUUGGGUCUUUUCACAAAAAACUUUUGCAUGACUUCAGAAGAUGUUGAUUAUUGCAAUCACAUUUUUUUUUUUUUUGUAGGGUUAACUGACCAAAUCUCUUUUGUAAAAAGCCUGGAUAUUCUUAAUUCAAUUUUGUCUGAGUCCUAUGGGUUUGGAAUGACUUGAGGGUGAUAUAAUAAUGACAGAAACUUUCUCUUUUUUUUCUUUUUGGUAAACCGUUUCUUUAACAUCAUCUGUCUUUCUUCUAUUUACAUCUUCCAUUGUCUUCUAUUGGCAUCUCAGGGCCGCCCUCCACACUCAGUGCCUUUGUGAUCUCAUUUCUUCCACUCACCUGGAUUAUUUUAAAGAAUCAUUUGUCUUGCCUGUAGAAUAAUAACUCUUUCAUGAUGUUAUUUCCACAAGAGACUUCUGAGGUUUCGCCUCGACUGCCAUGUGUCUUUUUGUCUUCAUCUAGGCCAGCAUGUCUACCAAAGAACUCUUGUUGUUUGCAUUGUGGAUUGUUUUAGUUUCUUAUUGAUUCGCUUCUUCCAAAGCGGAAUAUGCAUGAUAUAAGCUAACAGUAGAGAUCUGUAAUGUAAUGACAGCCUGUGCAUUGGUUUUUAUUAUUAAUAUGCACCUACAACACACAAACUAUCAUCAAACACUAAUAGAUACUGUCUGUGAUGCACAUGCAAUAAACAGGUGAUUCUUCUUUUAUUUCUACUGGAGGCAAGAGAUAUUGAUCACCUUUUUUUAAGGGUAAUUACCAUAGAAUCAUGUCAGAGUCACGUUUUACCCCAAAGUUAAUGUUUACAUAAAGACAAUGGAAGCCUACUGUAUAUUAAGAAAUAUUAGGUUUUAAUGCAUUUUUAAAUAAAGUACAGGUGUGCACAAUUACUGUAAUGCAUUGUAAUUAGUUGGUGCUUCUAAUGAAAUUAAAUUAAAUUUAUGCAUUUAGCAGAUGCUUUUAUCCAAAGCAACUUGCAGUGCAUUCAGGCUAUCAACUUUUACCUAUCAUUAUAUUGAGGUUUUUGAAAUAAUUUUCUUAAUUUUUAAAAUAAUCUGCAAAUUAAAAGCAGCACAACAAAUACUGAUCUAUAUAUAAAUAGUUGAUUGCAAUAAGAUUUUUUUUUUUUUUCACCAAAGGCAGUUGUUAAUGUCACAAUUUCAAAAUUAUGGGUAUAAGGAGACUUAAUUGUAUUGCAAAAUAUUUACAUGUCAUUUCUUUUUGAUUUUAGGGUGAAAUAUGAGCUGGCCAGAUUUCAUGAGAUUCGCCCAUCAUGUGCUUCCUACACACUAACACAAACACUAGUCAAGGUUUGCUGUAGUGUUACUGACUUGCAGGAGGACUUGAAAGCUGUUUGCUGUAUUGCUUUACUGUAUAGAGUGUCUGAAGGAGAUGGUUUACGUUUUUAUGUCUUUUUGUGUAAUAAUAUCCAAGCUGCCUAAGUUUAGUGUCAUAAUGUUUUAGAUGGAGGAGAGAAUUUCUUCCUUAUAGUUGUUAGAAACCAAGAAAUGAGUAACCAGAGAUGUAUUUUUAUUUGUUCCAAAAAAUGUUUUCUUUGUUUGUCAUAUACUACUGCCUAACCAAACGUAAAAGUGUGCCAGGCGACAUUCAUUUGUGUUUUCAUGUGUAUGUAGCACAUUAUUGAUGUGUGUUAUCUGCUCUGUCGUAAGCUGGUAAAUAAAAAUACUAGUAUUUUACCAGCA